AUGUUUUUUCUUCUAUUUUUUGGAGUCAAAAGUCGAUUUGCAUUCGUUGAUGAAAGUAUCAGAUCGUUUCCUGAAGAUAUAAGCAUUGAUAUUCCUGAUGAAUAUAACUUUCUUCAGGAAUAUCCUCAUUGCGAUCUUGGUCCUUUAACGCAAGAGUGCGGUUGUUGCUAUGCUUAUGGACCAAUAAAGGCAAUGAGUCAUAGGAUAUGCAAAGCUAAAAACAAAAAGACAUUUUUAUCAGCACAAUUCAUAGUCGCAUGUGAUCUACUAGAAAGUGGCUGCGAAGGCGGCUGUUCGAGAAGUGUUUACUAUUUUCUUGAACAGCAUGGCGUUACAGACGAAGAAUGUCAUCCUUGGUCAAAUCAGCUCAAUUAUUCUUCUGAAUUUUGCUCGAAAUGUAAAGAUGGUUCACAAGCAACAUUAUAUAAAGCUAAAAUAGGCAGUACAAAACAAAUUACUUCUGUCCAAGAAAUUAAAAAAGAAAUUUAUUUACAUGGGCCAGUCUCAGCCUCUGUUGCAGUUACAGACCGACUUAAAUACUAUACUGGAGGACUUUUUGAAGAUCCUCCUCGAGAUUAUAUCGCAGAUCGCACACAUACAGUUGAAAUUAUCGGCUGGGGCCAAGAAAAAGGGAUUCCGUAUUGGAUAAUUUUGAAUCAAUAUGGACGUCUUUGGGGCGAAAACGGAAUGAUGCGAAUUCGUAUGGGAAGAGAUGACGCCAGAGUUGAAAGCUACGUUUUAGCUGCAGAACCAAUGAUAACUUGGUAG